CUCCUCUGUGUACGUGUGUGUGCGGGUGCCCAGGUGCAAUAAUGUUCCCAUACUGAUUAGCUUGCUCCAUGUCCAACUCCAAUUGGCAGCCGAAUUUUGUUGGGCAACCGUUUGUCGCGAAUGAGACCCAUGUGAAAUGCCUUAUGAAAAAUUCAACAAAAAGCGCCGACAAUGGGAGGAUAGUGGAGUAUUAGAGCUAAUUAAACUAUGGAAAGUCUGCGCCUAUGAAUUGCGCACAAUUAAACGAAAUGGACACCUUUAUGUGGCUAUGGCAAAGCAAUUGACGGGCCUUGGCGUUCCCGUUACCGCUCUGGAAGUACACUUUAAGGUGAAUAAUCUGACACAGCGUUAUCGCCAGGAGCAAAAGACAUUCGAGACAACGGGCAUAAUCAGCACGUGGAAAUUCUACAGUCAAGUGGAUGAUGUGUUUAAAAGCUUGGCCGCACACACAGGUUACAAAGAUAAACGCAUGACGAGCUCCUCGAAUGCGAGCAGUUUACCUUCCACAUCCGAGUCACCAGUUUGGAAAAAUCCAAUGUCUCAACAAGAGUUUAACAGCAACAACGCGGAGGGGUUCUACAAAACGGAGUAUGGCAUGCAUCGCCACUUUAUGGACCACUCCCAACCGCCGCCUAAUGCGGGCAAUGUCGACAAUUUCAUGGCCUCCUCAGCGGCGGUGGCAGCCGUGGCUGCCGCUGCCUCGGCGCGUCUUGCCGACAGCAAUAUGGAGCAACAGAUGCAGAAUGCAGCGGGCGCCAGUGGAGCUGGCGGUGGCCCUGGGGGCAAUACAAACGGCGGUGUGCCGAACUAUAAUAAAAUCAAAAAAUCCCACGAAGAUUACGAUAAAUUCGUGGAUAUUGUGAAAAACAUUGUGGACACACACAAGAGCACGCCGGACAAAGUGGAUACGUUUAGUGACUUUAUCAAAUCGUAUAUGAAACGUUGGCCGGAACGGCUGCAGGACGAGGCCAUCAAUCACAUGACCAACUAUGUGAUUGUCAAGAAUAUGGAGCAUAGCAUGGGCGGCGGUGGCCCUGGCGGUGGUGGCCUCCACAAUCCCGAGGGCGUCAACAAUAGGCAAUAACAAUACAAGCAGGAGCCCAACAACUAAGCGUCGCAGUUGAACAGCUCCCACAAAAUAGAAGCACACAAAAAAUGGGGCGGGCGGGCGUAAAUAACUUAAACGGGAACGUGGCGCGCAGAUACUUAAACAAAAAUUAAGAGAAAGAUUUAAAAUAAAUAUAAAUGAAAAACAAACAGGAAUUAUUUAACGCAAAUUGUGAAAAGUUUGCGCAAGGUUAGAUUAUUAUUAUUAUUAAUUAUAAUAUUAUUGUAAACGUUUCAUGCAGUAUUUUUUGUAUAGUUGAAAAUAUACAAUAAAGUUUUUAGUUUUAUGCGAGCAUCUCGAAUUGAGUUCGAACUGCUGGACAACAAACAAACACCAACACACAGCCACCACACACACAGACAUAGAUACACCUACAUCCUAGACUAUAUAUAGAGAGAUAAUACGAGUACGUUUAGAAAUCAUUUCCUACUGUUUAGCUGUAAAACUACAAAAUGAAUAAACGCUUUAAAAAUCGA